GUGCUGUCUGCAAACAGGAAGUGCGGCGCAGUUCCCGGAGCGCGGCUUGGGAGCGCGAUGGAGGCCUACGAGCAGGUGCAGAAGGGCCCCCUGAAGCUGAAAGGCGUGGCGGAGCUCGGCGUGACGAAGCGGAAGAAGAAGAAGAAAGACAAAGACAAGGCCAAGAUGCUGGAGGCCAUGGGGACGAGCAAGAAGAGCGAGGAGGAGAAGAGGCGCUGCCUGGACAAGCGCACGCCGGCGCAGGCGGCCUUCGAAAAGAUGCAGGAGAAGCGGCAAAUGGAAAGAAUCCUGAAGAAGGCGUCGAAAACCCACAAACAGAGAGUGGAGGACUUCAACAGACACCUGGACACACUCACCGAGCACUAUGACAUUCCCAAAGUCAGCUGGACCAAAUAACCUGCCCCUGGUGCAGAAGGAGAAGGCCAGGCUGGCUGUGUUUUGUCCCUCUGUGGUUUCCAGAAUGUUUUACACCUGGCUGGUGCGUCUGCUGAGGCCAGGCUUUCUGAAACUUGAUUAAAGACAGGCUGUCCCUUCACUGGGGUUUGGUUUUGGGGUACUUCCCUUUCCUGUUUGGAGAGCAACAUGUGGAUUGACAUGCUGAGGUCAUUUCUGGGUGAAGGCCAUGGAAGGAUGGUCGCCUUCCCACCCCCACUACGGCAUCUGUCUUCACUUACACCACAAUGCCAGGACAGGAAGCUCCUGCCUGUGGACCGCCAUAGAAGUUCCCAUUGUGUGGCUGUAUUUGGGGCCACCUGGACAGCAGAUUGCAUCUGCAACACCACCUGAAGCAAGGGCGGGGCACAGGACACAGGUCUCCAGCAUGUAGCCCAUCCCACAGUCCACCCAGUGGGCUGCUGUGGCCAAUGCUCUAAGCUCAGUUCUUGGUGAUGACACCUGGGUUUCUAAGCAUAGUGGCAUGAGGUAUGAACCCAGUUGGCAUUCUUGGUCUAAGGACACCAAAUGCCAGGCGUGAAAGUGCCAGCAGCCAUGCUUUAGUGGUGCAGAUACUGCAGAGCUGUGGCAUCGGAGGGUCUAGGUGGACCACUUGAAGAGUUUCUGCACACUGUUGAGAGAUGCAGUCUCUGUUGCCAUGGAUACUGAAAGAAUGACAAAUUGGUAGAGCUGACAUGUACGGAAUAAAGUGAAUACCAGUCA